AUGCCUGACGAUAUAUCCGGAAAGCAGUUACGAUCUCCUUCGUUUUACUCCCCUCCUAUUCUUCAUCCAAUCCGAUGUGAUUGCCAAGAAUGCAGACUAAAGAGAAGAUUUUCCCUAUCAUCAGACUUACCAUACCCAUACUCCCCAGGUAAUUCCGAAGACGAAGCAGCCGACAUUAUUCUCCCCAAGCGACCGAUACUGAGACGAGUGAUAGAUCCUAUUGGUGAUAAUAAUAAGGUCGACCCAGAGCCACAGAAGAAACAAAAGCAACCUAGUACACCCCCGACAGCAUCCGAUUCUCUGUACCCCCGCCCAGCAUCUAUGGAUUACCCAGAUGUCUACGUAUACCCAAAGUCGGUACGUCACAUUACUUUCCCAGUAGUGGACUACAGUGCAGGAAGACAGAAGCGGUCUCCACCAGACCAACAGGCCGGGUCCUCAUCGUCUGCAUCCCGACCGUCAUGCUACAUAGCUAUUUCACCAGACUGCGCAAGACCAACUGACUUCGAAGCCGCAUUAUGCCCCAAAGGUUCUAGUCUAAUCGUUGUGGCCCGACUAUGGCGAACCCAGAGAACGGAACGCCUCUCUAUGUUUGAUGACGUUGACGACCUACGCGAAGCCUCAAUACAGUUGGAAGUAUGGGAUGAGGAUGCCACCAAAGAUUACACGAAUGGGAAUGAUACCCGCAAUACGAGCAACGGAUCUAAGAAUGGCGCGUCGAAGAACAAGAAUAAGAAGGGACGAACUUAG